AGAAUACUUUACAUGGCCUCACCCAGCAACUACUCCACUGCUCCAAUCUCCGAAUUCCUCCUCAUCUGCUUCCCUAACUACCAGAGUUGGCAGCACUGGCUCUCCCUGCCCCUCAGCCUCCUCUUCCUCCUGGCCAUGGGGGCCAACGCCACCCUCUUGCUCACCAUCCGUCUGGAGGUCUCUCUGCACGAGCCCAUGUACUACCUGCUCAGCCUGCUCUCCCUGCUGGACAUUGUGCUCUGCCUGACUGUCAUCCCCAAGGUCCUGGCCAUCUUCUGGUUUGACCUCAGGUCCAUCAGCUUUUCUGCCUGCUUCCUCCAGAUGUUCAUCAUGAACUGCUUCCUUGCCAUGGAGUCCUGCACAUUCAUGAUCAUGGCCUAUGACCGCUAUGUAGCCAUCUGCCACCCACUACGAUACCCAUCCAUAAUUACUGACCAUUUUGUGGUCAGAGCUACCAUAUUUGUUGUGGCCCGGAAUGCCCUCUUUUUCCUUCCUGUUCCUGUCCUUUCUUCCCGGCUCAGGUAUUGUGCAGAGCACACCAUCAAGAACUGCAUCUGCACUAACCUGUCUGUGUCUAAACUCUCCUGUGAUGACAUCACCUUCAACCGGCUCUACCAGUUUGUGGCAGGCUGGACCCUACUGGGCUCCGACCUCAUCCUUAUUGUUCUCUCCUACUCCUUCAUCCUGAGAGCUGUGCUCAGGAUCAAGGCUGAGGGUGCUGCGGCCAAGGCCCUGAGCACGUGCGGUUCCCACUUCAUCCUCAUCCUCUUCUUCAGCACAGUCCUGCUGGUUCUGGUCAUCACUAACCUGGCCAGGAAGAGAAUUCCCCCAGACGUCCCCAUCCUGCUCAACAUCCUGCACCACCUCAUCCCCCCAGCUCUGAAUCCCAUUGUUUAUGGUGUGAGAACCAAGGAGAUCAAGCAGGGAAUCCAGAAACUACUGAGGAGGUUGUGA